AUGUUUCAAAGGGUCGACUUGGAAGAAAAAGUAGAAGAUGUGAGCGAAUCUAAGAAGCAAGAUCAUUCUCUUAAUGAAGGUAAUGUCAAUCAAACUACGUCUGGAGUUCAAAAUUCUCCAGAAAAUGUUAAAACUGAAAAAGAUGAUGACAACGAUUUGGGGGAUUCGGAACAGAAUGAUCCCACGGAUUUAGAAGGCGCAGCUUUUGCCAGUAGAUUACCUUUUGAUAAAAUGACAGCUACAGAGGCUGCUUGUUUCCCUGAUGUUGCUCAGGGGUUGCCUCAAACUCAGAAAGUAUUUUUACAUAUUCGUAACAGAUUGUUGCAACUUUGGUUUGAUAAUCCAAAAGAACAAUUAUUAUUCGACAAUGCUUUGCCACUGGUUGAGCCUCCAUACAAUACAGAUGCGCCUUUAGUUAUGAGAAUCCAUGCAUUUUUAGAAAGACAUGGCUUUAUCAACUUUGGGGUGUUUAAAAAAUUGAAAAGCCCCCCUGUUAAGAAAAUAGGUAAAGUCAUUGUCAUAGGAGCAGGGAUUGCAGGAUUAACAGCUGCUCAACAACUUCAGCAGUUUGGAAUGGAUGUAAUUGUUUUGGAAGCAAGAGAUAGAGUUGGAGGACGCAUAGCAACAUUUCGUAAACAUAAUUUUGUUGCCGAUCUUGGUGCCAUGGUUGUAACAGGAUUGGGUGGUAAUCCGAUGUCUGUUUUAUCAAAACAAAUUAAUAUGGAUCUAAGGAAAAUUAAACAAAAAUGUCCUUUAUAUGAGUCAAAUGGUAGUACUGUUCCUAAAGUUAAGGAUGAAAUGGUGGAAAUGGAAUUUAAUCGAUUAUUAGAAGCGACAAGUUAUUUAUCUCACCAUUUGGAUUUUAAUUACAUAAAAGACACACCUGUUUCUUUAGGCCAGGCUUUAGAGUGGGUUAUCAGAUUACAAGAGAAAAAUGUAAAAGACAAACAAAUUCAACAUUGGAAAAAUGUUGUAGCCCUACAAGAAAAAUUAAAAACAAAUAUUACAAAAAUGUCUUCGUUGAGAGAAAAAAUGAAAAUAUUAAAUAAAGAAAUAAAAGAAAUAAAAGAAACAUCUGAUAAAAAAAAUUCAAAAGACAUAAGUGAAAUUUUUUCAUUAAAAUCAAAAAUCUAUGAAUUAACAGAAGUAUGUAAAACUUGGGAUUCGCUCAUAAAAAAACAAGAUGAAAUAGAGAAAAAACUUCAAGAUUUAGAAAAUUCUUCUCUAAGUGAUGUGUAUCUUUCGUCUCGCGAUCGUCAAAUUCUCGAUUGGCAUUUUGCAAAUUUGGAAUUUGCCAAUGCGACACCUUUAAAUAAUUUAUCAUUGAAACAUUGGGAUCAGGAUGAUGAUUUUGAAUUUACGGGCAAUCAUCUAACAGGUAAGUUUUUUUUUAAAUUUUAUUUUUUUUCUCAUUUACAAUUGCUUCGGAGAUUUGAAAUUUGUUUAUGGGUUUAA